UGGCUGCGUCCCAAUAAGGCUUUGUUGUCCCUGCGCAGUGCACUAGCGAGGGUGUGAUGUGUCCUGCGCAGUGCGCUCUGCGCGGCGCGGUGCUGUGCUGUUGAGACGCGUUGAGACGCGUUGAGACGGUGAUGUGAUCAGUGCGGAGGUGUUCUCAGAAGGAAGUGCGGGGUUUCUCCGGGUUCUGACGCGUGUGUAUUGUUGUCUGAACGAUGCGUGAGUAGCGCGUGCGCGCGCGCGGAGGUCACCAUGUUCCCCGGGGUGGUGUACGCCCUGCUGGCGGGGUUCCUCGGCGCCGUGGCCUCGUCUUCCGCCAAACUGUCUCUCGGCACGGAUUAUCUGAAAGGCGUGUGUGAGACCGGACUGAGGACGUGGGGAGAACAGAGGACGUUCAGACACGCCGAUCAGACCACCGCGUGCGAGUGGCUGCAUAUCCCUCUGCGUUUGCUCUGCGGUGGGCUGCUCUUCACCUGUAAUGCUGUGAUGUGGACGUUCCUGUCGAAGGCCCUCAGGUACUCUUCAUCCUCUACCCGAACCACUGUGACCACCACCGCCUCCAACUUCAUCUCCUCUGCGCUCCUCGGGCAGCUUAUCUUUGGGGACAGCCUUGUCGCUCUGUGGUGGGUCGGGGUCUCGCUCACACUCUCCGGUCUCCUGGUGCUACAGCGCUCUUCCUCCACCAAUACACACUCUGAGACCUCUAAAAGGGACGAAUGAAACAACGUGAACUGAAGACACGGAGGUCACGACAGCGGCUUUCGGAGAUUUAAAGAGUUCUGAACGAAAGUAAUCAAACUAGAUGUGAGCGCUAAAAAAAAAUCAGCCAAAAAAUACUAACGUGGCUAGCAAAAAAAAUGUCAAAGCACAAAAAGUAGAAAAGUUGAAUUUAGAAAAAGUUUAUUUGCUAUUGUUUAAAACUAGCAAAGGAUUUACUUCUAGCUCCAUUAAUUGCUCUUGGUUUAUUUGUGAUUUAAAGGCAUAAUCCUCAGUGAAAUUGCUGAUAUUGCUAACAGCAAAUGAAGGUAUUUUUUUGCAUGUAUCUUACCUGCUAGCUUGUCACAUUAGCAUUGUGGCUAAUUAUUGUAUUGACGCCAACCUGACAACAAGCCAUGUGCUAUUAAUUGUUUAUAUGAAAUGACACCAAAUUUAACACAGAUGAUGUUUAUUAAUAUAAUCACUGCUCCAGAAGCAGCUGCAUACAUAGGUGGUUAUUUAGGACACAUUUAAAGGAGAAGAAUCCGUGCCCUUCAUGGAGAAGGUAAUACUGUAGUGCUGUUGGAGGACAUGGUGGACUGAACGGCCAUUUUCAGUUCUCUCAGCCUUUGUGGACAUAUUGUCAGAAACACAGGAAGAUCCCUUAUGGACCCUUGGGAUCGUUUUACAGGAUGGAACAGGAACAUGUCCUGACGUUGGACUCCGCUAUCACAGAUCCUUCCAGAUGUUUUUAUUAACCAUUAUAAACACCUCAUUGUACUGUAGAGUGACGUCACGAUACCAUGACAGAAGUGUUCGUGAGUAUUGGGUCAUACCAAAGACUUAAAUUCUGGACCUGCUGGUGUGGGAUGAUGUGGGAAGAACGAAAAGAAGAAGGAAUAACGAAUAAUGCUACGUUCAUGCUAGCGAGUCACUUGCAGGCGAAGCCUGCUUAGCGUUUGUUUUAUUUCCAAAUAGAAACGGCUUCUAAAGCUAAAAA